UUAAUUUUUAAAAACAUGAUGAAAGUACAAAUUAAGACCUAUAGUAGAUAGAAGAAGUGAAAUCGACCACAAAAACCUAGAGAAUAGCACAUCAUAGUCAUAUAAAAGGAUUAGGAUUAUAAGAAGAUGGCACAGCUUUAGAAAAUGCAUCAGGAAUGGUUGGUUAAUAAAUUGCCAGAGAAGUAAAAUAAAUAGUAUUAAUAUUUAAUAGGCAGCAGGAAUAUUUGUAGAUUUAGUGAAAUCUAAAAAGUUAGCAGGAAGGGCAUUAUUAAUGGCUGGACCACCAGGAACAGGAAAGACAGCAAUAGCAUUGGCUGUAGCAUAAGAAUUAGGAUCGAAAGUUCCAUUCUAUCCAAUGGUUGGUUCAGAAGUUUAUUCAGCUGAAGUGAAAAAGACAGAAAUAUUAAUGGAGAAUUUUAGAAGAGCAAUAGGUUUAAGAAUAAAAGAAACAAAAGAAGUUUGGGAAGGUGAAGUUAUAGAUUUAAAAACAGAAGAAAAAGAUGAUUAAACAGGGUAGAUAUAUUAAGUUAAUUUAGAUAUGGGAAAGUAGUAUCAGCUGUAGUAAUAACAUUAAAAACAUCUAAAGGAUCUAAAACAUUGAAAUUAGAUCCAUCAAUUCAUGAAAAUCUAACAAGAGAAAAAGUAGCAAUAGGAGAUGUUAUAUAUAUUGAAGCAAAUAGUGGUAAUGUAAAAAGAGUUGGAAGAUGUGAUAUUUAUAAUAGUGAAUAUGAUUUAGAAGCAGAAGAAUAUGUUCCAUUACCAAAAGGAGAUGUUCAUAAAAAGAAAGAAAUUGUUUAAGAUGUUACUUUACAUGAUUUAGAUGUAGCAAAUGCUAAACCUUAAGGAGGUCAUGAUUUUGUCUCUUUAAUGAAUUAAUUAAAUAAGAAAAAGAAGACAGAUAUUACAGAUAAGUUAAGAGGAGAAAUAAAUAAAGUAGUCAGCAAAUAUAUUGAUUAAGGAGUUGCAGAAUUAGUACCAGGAGUAUUAUUUAUUGAUGAAUGUCACAUGUUAGAUAUUGAAGCAUUCACAUUUUUAAAUAGAGCAUUAGAAUCUACUCUUGCUCCUAUUGUUAUUUUAGCAACAAAUAGAGGUUAUUCUUAAAUUAGAGGAACAGACAUAGUCAGUCCUCAUGGAUUACCAGUUGAUUUAUUAGAUAGGUAUUAUAAAUGGUUAUAUACUGUUUAGAUUGUUAAUCAUUAGAACUACUCCUUACAAUUUAGAAGAUAUUAUUAAAAUAUUAGCUAUCAGAGCUUAAACAGAGAGCUUGAAAAUCUCAGAAGAAGCAUUAUAAGAUCUCAGCUAAAUUGGAAAUGAAACUUCAUUGAGGUAUCAUUUUAUUAUUAAUUUUAGAUUUGCUAUUCUUCUACUCACCCCUGCAAAUAUACUUGCUUAAACUUCAGGAAGAGAUGAAAUUGCCAAACAAGAUAUUCAAGAAGUUCAUGAAUUAUUCUUACAUGCUAAAUAAAGCUCAAAAGUGCUAGAAUAACAAGCGGACAAAUACAUUAGUUGAUGAGUAUUAUAUAUAAUAACAUAAUAAAUC